AUGGCCACCAAAUCGCUCAGCAAGCACCGCAAAAUCCACCGCGACGGGGCGGCGGGACCCGCGACAGCGGCGACAGCGCCGUGCCCCGAGUGCGGCGACAGCGGAGCGACCGCGCAUUGCCCUCACCGCCGGCGGCAGCUCCGGGACAGCCCCGAAAGCAGAGCGGGGGUCCCGACCCCAUCCCGGCCCCUCCGGGACAUCCCCGAGAGCAGAGCGGGGGUCCCGGCAGUGCCCCCAGCCUCAUCCCGACCCCUCCGGGACAGCCCCGAGGGCAGAGCGGGGAUCGCCGCCGUUCCCCCGCGACCCCUCCGGGACAUCCCCGACAGCAGAGCGGGGGUCCCGACCUCAUCCCGACCCCUCCGGGACAGCCCCGAGGGCAGAGAGGGGGUCCCGGGAGUCCCCCCGGCCUCAUCCCGACCCCUCCGGGACAUCCCCGAGAGCAGAGCGGGGGUCCCGGCCCCAUCCCGGCCCCUCCGGGACAGCCCCGACAGCGGGGUGGGGGUCCCCGCCGUUCCCCCGCGACCCCUCCGGGACAGCCCCGAUCUCAGUGCGGGGGUCCCGGCAGUGCCCCCGCGACCCCUCCGGGACAGCCCCGAUCUCGGGGCGGGGGUCGCGGCCCCAUCCCGGCCGCUCCGGGACAGCCCCGAUCUCAGUGCGGGGGUCCCCGCCGCUGCCCCGGCCCCAUCGCGGCCCCUCGGGCGCUCCCGGUACGCGUGCGGGGAGUGCGGGAAGGCGUUCCGGGACGGGGCCGCGCUGCGGCGGCACUGGCGCGUCCACACCGGGGAGAAGCCGUUCGGCUGCACCGAGUGCGGGAAGAGCUUCCGCGCCAGCUCCAGCCUGGUCAUCCACCGGCGCAUCCACACCGGGGAGAAGCCGUACCCCUGCUCCCGCUGCGCCAAGAGCUUCGUGUCCAGAUCGUCCCUCAUGAAGCAUCUCCGGACCCACCUGCGCCGGGAGCUGCUGGAGGGGGAGCGGCCCUGA